UUUGUUUAUUUGUUUUCGAACAACGAAUAUUUUUCAUUCAUUUCUGGUUGAGUGUUGUAUACUGACAUUCAUUUUUUUUUGCUUGCAAGAGGAUUUAAUUUGCAAAUUUAACAUUAUCGUCAAAUAUUUUGAAUUCUUUUUUUUUCUAAAACGAAAAUAAUGAUGGCACGUGUAUCAUUGAUUGCAGCGAAUAAUAUCAAUGUUGAACGACAUGCUUAUUGUCUUUGUCUUCAUGUUCGACCAGCGACCAUUUUUGUUGCCGUCAUUAAUCUGGCUGGUUCAUUGAUUUGUGCCCUGUUGACAUUCUUUUUUAUGGUAAGCAAUGAUCAUCAAGGCAUGCAUAGCUAUUUUGCUAGUCGUUUUGUUCGUGAUGAAACCGUUCGUAUAAAUUUGAUUUCGGUAUUAAUGUAUCUAUUGUUGGCUUGGGUAUCGGCUAUGCUUCUUUAUGGCGUUAUUAAAUCAAAACCAAGAUAUAUUUUACCAUUUUUUGGUAUACAAUUUAUUGAUUAUCUCUUUACUUUGCCACAAUUUUUUGCAUUAUUCACCAAUCCAUACCAUUAUUAUGCGGCAACAGCAAAAACAACAAAAAAUAUGAUGGAAAUUCAUGGUGUUAAUAAUGUUGGUAAUAAUGUAUUAUCGGAUUCCAAGCUAAGUACAUCGGAUUUUGAUGAUAUGCCAAACACAACAACCGUUUGGGCAUCUACCUAUCAGCGUAAUUUUCAAGUUUAUACAACAACAUUGUUGGUCAUGACAUUUUUCAUGAUAUUCAAAACAUAUUUCCUUUGCGUUGUUUGGAAAUGUUAUCGUUAUUUGCAUAUGAAAGAAUUCAUACUUCCUAUUGCAUUGAGUUCAGCAGCCAGUGGUGUGAAUGGUGGACAAUUUGAUCAUGAUUUACCACCAUUGAUAUUGAAUGGCCGUAUGGCUGCAAAUAUUCCACCACCUGAUUAUGAUGAAGCAACAAAAUUGCCUGAUUAUAAACCACCAGAAUAUACACAGGUUGUUGAUGUACCCUUGGAUUCCGAUAAAUCAUCAUCAUCAACAUUUCGAACAAUUUCAUUGGAUUCUCCACCACCAUCAUCAUCACAUUCACACAUAACUAUUGAACAACAGCAACAACAAACUACAUCAACAUCUAAUCAACAACAACAAGAAUCGAUUAAAAAUAAUAUCGAUAAUGUUUGAUUCUUUCUUAAAAUAAGCAAGAAGAGAAAAGUGAGAAGAUUUUCAAUGAAUCUCCAAGAAAUUUACAAUGGUAUAAUUUAUCGGUUAACAAUAAUGACACAAAUUAUUUAUU